CAAAAAAGAGAAUUCAAUUAUAAAAGGAUCAACGACUGCUCGCCAUUUGACAAGACAAACACAGACAACAGCAUCAUUCACUACACCCCUCUACGAACAAUCAAGACAAUAUGAAGUUUCUAUCUCUCACGUCCAUCUUGGCUUUGGCCACUGGUGUCGCCGCAACCGAGUAUAUUUGCGAGACCACCGAUGGAAGCCCCUACCUCCACCACGUCAACCAGUUGAUCGACGGUCUUAAAGAGAAAAAGUUCGAAGGAGCUUGUCUCGACUACAGCCUCGGAUCCAGCGACUGCGGUCCAACUAUCAGAGAUUACUCUGGCGAAGACGGCGGAGCAGCCUGGCAGCUCUGCAAGGGCGACCACCCUGACGAUUACCAGCCACUCCGAUGUUAUUUUGACCCUGGUGGUGUUCCCUGCGUUGCCUGCGGCCCUUCCAUCACCAUGGGCGCCGUCGCCGGUCACUUUGAGAACCUCAGAGAUCAGUGCCAGGGCCCAGACUCCAAUGGUGACGUUCGAGUGGGAGGUAUCGUCAAGCUUUCCAACGGCGAUGAUAGUACCGGCGGUGGCGAGAUCCGACUCUACUCGAUGCCUGGUUAAAUAGAGGUACGGAUAAAGAAGUAGGGUUGAAUAGUGGCCAGAAGUUGAGGUGGUUGCUGGCAUUCCAUUCAACACAGACCUAGCAAGGAUUCACUCUGUACAUAUCCCUCUAGAGACUGCAAUUUCACAUUGAUCUGAUCUGACAGUUGAACCAUGAUAACUGUACACUCUUU